AUGGUUACAACCCAAUUUGAGAAAGUACUCUCCAACUUUAAAAAACUUGACAAAGAACAGCGUAAAUUGUUUUUAACUGCUUUGGUUGAAGAAUGUAAUCCACAUGAAAUCUAUACUUUGCGACAAAUUCUGCAAUGCAAAUGUUACGGUAAAUUUGAUAUAAUUAGUGCUUUACCACUUGAACUUUCAAUAAAAAUUUUCCAACAACUCGAUGGUAAAGAUUUAUGCCACUGUCGUGAGGUUAAUCGUAAAUGGAAAAACAUCACACAAGAUUCUACAAUUUGGAAAACCAAAUGUUCAGAGAUAUUAACACUUUAUCAAGGACAAGAUGCAACAAAAAUAAUAAAAACCCCAAAAGAAGGAUGGGAACACAUGUAUCAUAAAUUAUAUCAAAGAGAAAUAAAUUGGAACAAAGGAAAAGUUCAGAAAAUAAAAUAUCUUAAGAGUCAUCGAAGUCACAUAACUGAUGCAAAACUAAAGGACAACAUUUUAGUAACAGGAUCAUCAGAUAGAACAGUGAAAGUAUGGGAUCUUGAAACGGGACAAUGUGAAUUAUUAAAUGAAUUGAGAGGUCAUGUGAGUGCAGUAAGAUGUGUUAGUUUAUCUGAAUCACAUAUUGCAUCUUGUGCCUUUGAUGGUAGUGUAAUUAUUUGGAAUUGGAAAUCAGGAGAAAAAGUAGCUACCAUACCAGCAAAUGCAACUGUAAUUCGGAUAUUUGACACAAAAGUUUUAUCAUUAUGUGGAGCAACAAUCAAAGCUUUUGAAUUGUCAAAUGGUGAAUGCACUUUUUCCACUCCAUUCGGAACGGGAUUAUUAGGCUGGUCAUAUAUUCAGAAACAUCUCUCAACUAUAGAAACAUCUAUAACAACAUUCGACGAAAUUGAUAAAAAUACAUUAGAAUUACCAAAUAUGAUAAAUAUAAUAGGUUUCAAUUGUUCAUCUCGUGCGUAUGAUUUUGAUACUCGAAAUGGUAUAAUGGUGAGUGUAGAGGGUGUAAACACUUUAAACAUGGCAUCUGUCAAUGAUAUUUACAAUCCAAAGGAAAUAGAAUAUGCUCAUUGUAAAUUUAUGUUCGAGUAUGAUCUUGGAAAAGAAGACAUCAAAACUCUGAAUGUUGAUUCUAAUUAUCGUCGUAUAAUAACAGGAUGUCGUAGUGGUUUGAUUGCUAUUUUAGAAUUCGAUUAA